CCUCUUUCAAGCCGGAAGUUGCGCAUUUGGAGCCGUUACCAACAUUUCAGUAACGGACCUGAGAUUUGCAUAUUUUCCUCCAUAGCUAGCAAAGGAGGAAGUGGUCAACCUCCACUCAAAGAUGCUGCCGGCCGCUGUCAAGUUGCUCGUGUCCGUCGUCAUACUUUUCCCAUUCGUUUCAUCGGAAUUCACUCUGAACCCCAAUGCCGACACUUCAGUGAAUCCAGUCUACGACGUUCGCGACGGAAAAUUUUUCGGCUUGUUUGAAACGGUCAUCAACAACAAUCGGGCUUGCCGGGCGCUGAGUGGCGACAUCGGCACUUGUCUUUCGUAUCCGGAGUGCUUUGCUUUCCGUGGUAACAUCUCAGGCACCUGCGGAAGGGGAUAUGGAUUGUGUUGCGUCACCACCAAGACUUGCCAAGGUGUUAUUUACGCAAACAAUACGUACUUUGUCAACCAGGGAUAUCCAGGAUCGUAUACAUCCGCCGGGCAAUGUUACACGACCGUCAACCGCUUGGCACCCAACAUUUGCCAACUUCGGCUGGAUUUUGAGGCGUUUUCGAUUGCACAGCCGGAACCAGCUGAACACCGUUGCGUUUCUGAUAGUUUUGUGGUAUCUGGGACCACGUCGCCAGUGCCAGUUAUUUGCGGUGACAACGCCGGACAGCACAUGUAUUUGAAUAUCGGAUACAACAGUACAACGCCCAUUACGUUGACCAUGAUUACCAGCAAUUUGAUGGCCGGCGGAUUCACGUCUGCCCGUAACUGGAAGAUUCGUGUCUCACAAAUUCCGUGUAACGAGGGUUUUGCAGCGCCACCAGGAUGUCUGCAAUAUUAUACCGGAAGCGUUGGCGUGAUUAGGUCAUUCAACUUCUUUUUUGACUCCAGAGGCGUCAACACAGCACGGCAACUUUCGUUUCAGGAUUACACGAUUUGCAUCCGCCAAGAAUCAAAUUUCUGUGAGAUGCAGUACAACGUUUGCCCGGAUCAGGUGAAUGUGCCGGGACUAGGUUUUUCCAUUUCUGGUGCUUUGGCUGCUGGGGAUACUACGGUAUCUUCCGGAGCGGAUGCAGCUUGCACUGCGGAUUUCUUGAUGAUCCCUUGUGGUUCAGAUGUACGAGGUCAACCGACCAAAUCGAACGGAGCCGUCUGUGCCGCUCGAUUGUGCGGAAGUGUGUGGAACAGCAUCAACGCGGAAACCCUAUCCAGACCAGUAUUUACGAGAUCGGUGCCGUUUGAAUUACGUUACUACACCAACGGACUGGAAUCCAGCGAGGGAGACCAGGGUAAUUUGGGAUUUUGUUUGACCUACCAGCAGGAGCCAUGCCCAGCUUCCCUCAACAAAUUCCAGAAUAUGUUCAUCUAAUAGACAUUAACCAAGUAUUAGGUCAGAGCUGCACAGAUUAAUGUUUUUCGAGACUUUUCAGUCACUGUAUUUGUAAUUACAAUAAUUUAAAGAUGUAAUCUAAUGAUCGAUCGAUGGAUAAGUUAUUCCUUCUUGACAAUCGUGUCUGACUAUUAGUUUUAUAGCUGCAAUACACACAAGUUUUUGAUCAAA